AUGAUUGCCACUGCGCGAAGAAGCGAUGAAACAGCUGAAGAACAUCGAUCUCGACUAGAUAAACAGCAAGCGGUUGAUAUCACGCUUAGAAAUAACGAGAGUACUGAAGACCAAACUGCACGCAUUCGACGUAUUAGUCGACAUCGUCAACAACGUAUGGUGGAGAUGAGAAAUAAUCCACCUGUUAAAAUAUGGCCAGCUGCUAUAUCUCAGAACGUUAAAGAAAACUGUCUUAGAGAAUUUAAUAAGAGAAUGUCGAUGGAUAGUCUACGCGAACAAAUAUGCGUAGUGUGCAAUUCCCGACACAAUGAAAAAACAAUGCAUAGUGUACUGCUUUCUAAUAUUAAUGAUGCUCUUCUUAAACCUCAUCAAAAUCUUUACGAAAUGAUUCCUGAUAUUCGAUCAGUAAACGCACAAGAUACAAAUUUAGAUGAAGAAAUGAUUUUUUCCAAUGAACGAGCUCGCCAUCACCUUCGCAAAAUUCUGUCCGUUAGACGACAACGAAUACUCGAUGCACUUAUUUGGCUCAAAGAGAAUAAUGUAUUGUAUAGUCAUAUAUCUCUCGACAAGCACAUUAUUGCUAGUCUUCCGGAUGACGCUGUUCCCGAAUCUAUUUGGGAGACACUCGAUCAUAUAUUAGAUGAUAACAAUGCUCUUGCUGAAAGAGAAGGAUAUACUGAAGACCCUCUUACUAGUGAUCAAGCUAUGUCAGAGAAAGCCACAUCCGACUUCAUACCUCUAAAUCCAAGUGGUGUUCUGGAUGUCAACGGUGCAUCCGUAUCAGUGGCAGAUAUUAAUAAUCAAAUGCUACAAAAACUUCGAAUCGAUACAAACAAGCAGUCUGCCAAUUUGCCGGAAAUCAACACGAAUGAUGAUCUUAUCCACAUGGUUCCAAGAGGAAGUGCUCCUACUAAUGAAUAUAACAAUCCGACUUUGUUACUUGGUCUCUAUCCAACACUGUUUCCUUAUGGAACAGGAGCCUUUGAAGAUGCUUCUCGACCAGUCAAAAUCUCAUUCAAGAAACAAAUCCAGUAUCUUCUUUCCUAUCACGAUCCCCGUUUUGAAGAACAUCAUUCUUUUAUAUUUAUUGUCUUCAAUAUGUUACAACGACGAGAAGCUUGUCUUCAUGCUCGAUUAAUGACAUCAAAACCAUUUUUGAGCAAAACAGUCGAUCAGAUCGCCUCGCUGAAUGCGGAUGAUAUCAAGCAAGUGCUAAAUGAUUUGGAAAAAAAUAAAAUUAAUAUAUCAAGUCGUAGUCCCCAAGUCAAUGCACUUUUGAGUCAAGUUAAAGCUGUCGGAGGGAAAGUGAUGGGUUCAGCGCGGUCUUGA